AUGAGGCGUUCGCCCCACUGUGCGCCGGCGGGAGUGAACUUGACAUUAUCGGCAGAUUCUACUGUACAAUCCGAGCACUCGGCCGCGAAGUUAUCCGAGCUGCAUCCGGGCAGUCCCGCGUUAGACUCGCAGCCCGCAACCUCGCCGACAUCAGGGGCAUCAAGCGUACAUCAGAUGUACGCACAGCCGCCUAACCUCUUGAAGAGUGACCAGGGGGUCACACCUAACCUCUUGAAGAGUGACCAGGGGGUCACACCUAACCUCCUGAAGAGUGACCAGGGGGUCACAUCACAACACAACGUUUACCUUGAGGACGUCCUUCAACACUUUCCGACUUUAUUCGCCGACGAUUUAGGAACUUGUAACAAUUUCAAAGUGAAGGUUAAUAUUGCCAAAGACGCUCGUCCAGUCCAGUCAAAAUGUAGACAGAUUCCGUAUGCGAUGGAAGCUCUACUCGCCGAAGAAUUGAAACGGCUCGAAUCUCUUGGCAUCAUUGAAUCGGUAGCAACUUCAAACUGGACAUCGCCUAUCGUCAUCGCAAAGAAGCAGAAUGGCAAGAUACGCCUAUGUGGGGACUACUCGACAGGUAUCAACAGCGUUUUAAUCAGCAACAGCCACUCCCUGCCUACUGUUGAUAACAUCAAUGCAAAACUUAAUGGAAAUCGUUAUUUCAGCGUACUGGAUCUUAGUGACGCAUUUUUCCAGCUCGAAAUUGACAAAGAUCACCGUGAGAUCACUACUAUAGUAACACCAUUUGGACUUUACAGGUAUACUCGAGAACCGUUCGGCCUCAAAACAGCACCGGCUGAUUUUCAACAAGCUAUGGACAACACACUCGAGGGUCUCGAAGGAGUGUCCGCAUAUUUUGAUGACGUCAUAGUCAGAGGCCGUACUCGCAAAGAGCAUCACGAGCGUCUGUUCAAAACUCUCCAACGCCUGCAAGAUAGAGGAUGGAGACUCAGAGCCGAAAAAUGUCGCUUUGGCCUGGAAGAAAUCAAAUACCUAGGCUCAAUCGUGAAUGCGCACGGCAUAUCAGCUGAUCCAGAAGCAACCAAUGCCAUAGCGAGCAUGCCAAAGCCUAUCUCGGUUCCGGAGGUACAAAGCUUCCUAGGAAUGGUGAAUCAUUAUGGCAAAUUCAUCCCUCAUCUACAUGAAAUGAAACAGGCACUUGAAGAUCUCACACGAGAAAAUCGCACAUGGUCAUGGGACCAGACUCAUGAUCUCGCUUUUAAUCAAAUCAAGAAGGUCAUGCUCAGCCCUCUUCUGCUGGAUCACUACGAUCCAUCAAAAACACUGAUAGUGGCAGCAGAUGCAUGUGCCACUGGAAUUGGCGCCGUUCUUCUUCAACGAGACUCAAACGGCCAUGAGCGUGCAGUCUACCAUAUGUCGCAGAGCCUUAUCGACGCUCAAAGGAACUACUCCCAGCUCGAAAAAGAGGCCCUCGCGCUCGUCACAGCCGUCGAACGAUUCCAUAAAUUCGUCUGGGGAAAAAGAUUUAUACUCCAAACGGAUCAUAAACCCCUCGUGGCCCUACUGCAAACUGAGAACACCAAGGGACUCAAAGCUACUACAGCAGCUAGGCUCAAACGUUGGGCACUGCGACUCAUGGGCUACGACUUCAAAAUAGAGUUUAUCCGCACUCAAGAUUUUGGUCAUGCCGACGCCCUAUCUCGUUUGAUCGACAAAUUUCGUCGUGACAACGCGGAGGAACUCCAAGUAGCUAGCAUCCAAGCAAUGGAAUCGGAGCUUCUCCAGUUAAAAAAUCGAUCAAUAGACUUUUUUGACAGAGGGGUCAGAGUGGUCAUCCCAGAGGUUCUCAGGCCAACAAUUCUAGCAGCUCUUCACAAGGACCAUCCCGGCAUUAGAAAGACAAAGCAGUUAGCUCGAGAAUUCGUGUACUGGCCGAAAAUGUCCGACGACAUUGAACACCUUUUACGUCAAUGUGACGCCUGUGCGCUGAACCAGAAACUCCCAAUCAAAGUACCACUAGAUCCAUGGCCUGCUCCGUCUCGACCAAUGGAACGCGUCCACAUCGACUUCGCUGGUCCAAUUGAAGGGCAGUAUCUACUCAUUUUUGUAGACGCUUACUCCAAGUUUUUAGACGUGGCAAUUACACCCACGAUCUCUGCAGCCCGCACUGUCGAUUUGUGUCGUGAAUUCUUUUCCAGGUUCGGACCACCAGAGGUGCUCGUCACCGACCAUGGGACACAGUUCACAUCAGAACUAUUUGCUGUUUUCUGCAAGGAAAUGCAGAUCUCCCAUCUCCUGGCUGCGGUCAACCACCUGCAAUCGAACGGCCAGGCCGAGAGGAUGGUGGACACGGUAAAAAGGGCCAUCGCCAAAGACCUGACUAAUUGGAAGAGACAGCUGUUUGAUUUUCUGCACAGCUACCGUUACACUCCAUGCUCAGAAUCGCCCUCAGGAAAGUCUCCUGCAGAGCUUUUGUUCGGACGUCGAAUGAACUCCCCGUUCUCGAAAUUGCUCCCGAAGCCUGAGACUCACGAGCCUGCUCCACCAGCCUCUGCCGAGAAACAGCUAGCCAUGGAGAAACAGUUCUUGAAACAUCAUGGCGCCCGACCCCGUUACCUAACGUUGGGCGACCGCGUAAUAGUCCUUACUCGCAAGGACAAAAGAGAACAAGGCGUUAUUCAUAAAGUACUAUCACAAACUCGCUACUCUGUACGCCUUGAAGACGGAAGAGUCAUCGACCGCCAUUUCAAUCAUAUCUGGAAAAGAGGUUCCGACCCGUCAACCCGGCCCGAGAGUCUUAUGGACGACUGGUCGCUCCUACAGCCGCCCACGCCGGAAACGCCUCUUACUUUGGAAGUUGAUCACCAGCCGGCUGCAUCCCCUGCAGCCCAGACCCCAGUCAUCAGGAACCUAACCCUCCUAUAA